AUGGCUUCAUUAUCAAUUACACUUCAAAUUGCAACAUUUGUUUGCACUUUUUUAAUAAUGUUACUUUUAAUUUGGGUUGUAUUUGUUGAAAGAAUAUUAUCAAAAAAACAAGGAAAAUUUUGUUUUGGAUUAAAAAAAGAUGGAAAAUACCAGUAUCGUUAUAUGACAAAAAAAGUAAACAUUAUUAGUAUUAAUAGGAAGGAAGAACUUUUAGAUUGGUUAAACAAAAGGAAACCAAAGUUUGAUAAUAUUAUUUAUAUAAAUUGUUCUAAUACUGAUGGAAUUGUAAGCGGUAUUGAAAAUUAUGAUAGUUAUAGUGAUGAAGACGAUUGGUCUGAAAUAAAUAAAAUAAUAUUUGAUUACGAUUUUGAUGACUAA